AUGGAUGAAGAAUACGAUGUUAUAGUUCUGGGAACGGGACUCAAAGAAUGCAUCCUCAGUGGCCUUCUCUCGGUCGAUGGACUCAAAGUGUUGCACAUGGAUAGAAAUGACUAUUAUGGAGGAGAAUCCACUUCGCUUAAUCUUAAUCAGCUGUGGAAGCGAUUCAGGGGCAGUGACAAUCUUCCGGAGAAUUUAGGCUCAAGCAAAGAAUACAAUGUUGAUAUGAUCCCAAAGUUCAUGAUGGCAAAUGGUACUUUGGUUCGCGUUCUCAUCCACACAAAUGUUACCAAAUAUCUGAGUUUCAAGGCCGUAGAUGGCAGCUUUGUGUACAACAAAGGAAAGAUUCACAAAGUACCAGCAAAUGAUGUGGAAGCUUUAAAAUCUCCCCUUAUGGGGCUGUUUGAGAAGCGGCGUGCUCGAAAAUUUUUCAUUUAUGUUCAAGACUAUGAUGAAAAUGAUCCAAAAUCUCAUGAAGGAAUGGACCUUAACCGAGUUACAGCAAAAGAACUCAUUUCGAAAUAUGGGUUGGACGACAACACAAUUGACUUCAUUGGCCAUGCAUUGGCUCUACAUUUGGACGAUGCUUACCUGAAUCAGCCUGCAAAAGAUUUUGUGGAAAGAAUGAAGCUAUAUGCAGAGUCUUUAGCACGUUUUCGAGGUGGAUCUCCUUAUAUUUAUCCACUCUAUGGACUGGGAGAGCUUCCCCAGGGAUUUGCUCGUUUGAGUGCUGUUUAUGGUGGCACCUACAUGCUGAACAAGCCAGAAUGCAAGGUUGAGUUCGAUGAGAAUGGAAAGGCCAGAGGUGUGACCUCCGAAGGAGAAACUGCAAAAUGUAAAAAAGUUGUUUGUGAUCCUUCGUACUUGCCAGACAAGGUGAACAAGGUUGGGAAAGUGGCCCGUGCUAUUUGUAUUAUGAGCCAUCCGAUCCCCAACACCAACGACUCUCCGUCAGCUCAAGUUAUUCUGCCUCAGAAACAACUUGGGCGCAAAUCAGAUAUGUACCUUUUCUGCUGCUCCUACUCGCAUAAUAUAGCUCCAAAAGGAAAAUAUAUUGCUUUUGUCACAACAGAAGCAGAGACCGAUAAUCCUGAGGAAGAAUUGAAGCCUGGCAUAGAUCUCCUUGGUCCUGUGGAUGAAAUCUUUAUUGAAACUUACGAUAGAUUUGAACCUACUAACCAGCCUGAUGUUGACAGUUGCUUCAUUUCCACAAGCUAUGACCCGACAACACAUUUUGAAACCACAGUGAGAGACGUGAUUGCCCUGUACAGCAAGAUAACUGGAAAGGAUUUGGAUCUGUCUGUGGAUCUGAGUGCUGCCAGUGCUGCUGAAGAAUGA